CUUAUUAAAUAGAUAGUUUAGCAUGACUCGGGGCUUUGUAACUUCUAUCCCCAGUAUUAAUGUUGACCAGACCCCGCCUACCAACAGUGUGCAUCAGUCCCCUGCCCAUCGGCCCAGUAGUGGCAACCAUAGUCAAUCCCAUGAGUCACCGGCUGCUGCUGCUGUCAGCUCUCCAGGUGGUCACAGACUUCAGUCAGCGCCCAGUGUCCAGUCAAAAAACGGAGCCAACGGAAACGGCAAUGGGAAUGGCGAGAGGAAGUUGAGUCAUGGGCAUGGGCAUGGACAUGGGCUGGGAAAGAGCAAUUCGAUGCGGGUUCCCCGAAUGACAGAGAGGAGACACACUCUGCCUCCCAGACAAGAGUCCGUUGAUGCUGUGUCCAGCACAGGCUCCAACACUUCCACCCUCGCCAGAUCCAUUAAGGUUGUGUGUGUGACAGCUGGAUCGAAGGACGACCUGGCCAUUAAGCUGCUGAAGGACGCCUGUGAUAAGAAAAAAGUGCAAUUCCAACUCAUAGACUACAACGCAAUAGCUUUUGACGAAGUCAAAUCUACCGAACAGUUCCUGUUUGCUGACAUAGCAUUUGUGCAUUUGGUCAGCAAGGAAGAAGAGUCGAAACUGUUUCUCAAAAUCGGACAUCGCAGAAAUUACGGCAAGAAUGUGAAUGUGGUCUUGUAUCAGAUUCCAGGAAAUGUUUCAGACGAAGAGCAGAACUCUCUGCUGUACUUGAAGGAAUUGUGUGUGGAUGCGGAUGCUGGACUCCUCCCCUACUACAGUCAGCCAGGCACUUCCAAUUCGUCCAAUGACAUGAGUCUGGACUUGAACCAUGUUGUGCUGUUGCCUGCACUAAAGCCGAAGCCGCCAGGCUCAGGCGCAUCUGGUGAUGCUACAUCCUCUACUGCUGCAAUUGAGUGGACCAGUCUGGCCCAAGAGUUGAGGAGAGUGCUAAAUGGGUUCAAACAGGUUGCGAACAAGGAUGAGGCACUGCCCAUUGUGACUGAGAUGCGAGACCUGAUGAAGAGUCACAAAGGAGUGAGUCUGCAGGUUCAGUUGAGGAGAGUGUACGAGGAGAAGCUGAAGCAGAGCAGGAGUCAACUCACAUUCGAGACUGUCCAUCUCUUCAUGAUGGCACUCAGAGAGUGUCAGGAUUAUGCUUCAAUGAUCGACGUGUUCCGCUAUGUGAAGGAGAGGAACUACGAUCUUUCGCAGAAAGAGGGGCUUAUAUACCUCUAUGCAUUCGCACUGAACAGACGCCAGAGACUGGGUGAUAGAGAAGAAGCGCUGGAGGUUAUCGAAACAGUGGAGGAACCCAGUGCAGACAUGCUGUGUCUCUGCGGAAGAAUAUACAAGGACCUGUACAUUGAGUCCCAAUAUCAGAAUGAAAAGUACCUCAACAACGCCAUAGAUUGGUACAAGAAGGGAGCCCAGUUGGAACCAUCAGACUACGCCAUGAUUAAUCUGGCCACACUUUUAGUCGCUGCCGGCAAGACAUUCGAAACUGAUAAAGAUCUGAAACGUCUCAACAACAAGCUGAGCUUCUCAAUUGGCUCUCAGGGUCGUCUGGACCAAAUCGGGAACUACUGGGUAGUUGCCACUUACUUCGAACUAUGCGUUCUGUUGGACGACAAACAACAAGCAGUUGACGCAGCCAGACGAAUGUUCCACCUCAAUGCGCCGGCGUGGUACAUUAAAUCCACACUUCAUAACCUGAAGUUGAUUCUAUCGAAGAGACAGGAGUUGGCCAAGAGUGUGAACAGUCCAUAUUCGAACUCAGAUCACUCGCUUCCGAAGCAGCAGAAGAAGUUGUUGACGUUGCCUGGUCACUCCUAUGAAGAUUCGGCGCAGCUGUUUGAGUUCUGGAUGCAGUUUUUUCUGUUCGUGGGAGAGGACACCUCCAAAUCUUUCUGUGAGUACCCAGUGCUGGUGAUAGAGCAAGUGACUCAUGCCACUAGUGCCAGUGCCCAUCGCACCUAUGAGUUCGUGCCCGCCAACCUUAUUAUACACAGAGGACCUUGUUCAUACGGGGCAAACGUGCCUGGACCUAUAGAGAGCUUCGAUCUGCUUUUGAUUGACCCCAAACAUACCAACUGGCAAUUCACAGCUUCGGACCUCGCUGCUGUCAACACGUACAUGAACGACGGGAGAUGCCUGCUGAUGUAUGUGAACAAACUGGACGACUUCCAAGUGUACUUUCCUUCGGAAAUACACCGAGACAGGCUCUACGAGACUUUAAAGUCUGAAUUGUUCCCGGACAAGAAUCCGAUCGCGCCAUCGAGCAGACAGCAGCAGAUCACAAACUUCGAAAUUCUGACUAGGCCCAAUGGAGAGAAAGCAUACUUGGGAUCGGGUGCAUACGGAAAAGUGUUCAAGGCUGUGGAUAAAGAUACAGAUGCUGUAUUUGCUCUCAAAGUGAUCGAAAUGGGAUUCAGAGGAUCGUCAGAAAAUGGCAGUGGCUCCAUGCAGGUGUUGCGUGAUGAGAUUCAGCUGCACAUGCGUCUCAAGCACCAAAACAUUGUGAAAUUCCUGGGACACCACGUGGACCCAGAAGUGGGCAAAUUCUACAUCUUCAUGGAAUUCGUUAACGGGGGUAGUCUGUCCAACUUCCUCACUUCGCACUACAGAGGAGGACUUCCGGACGCAACUGCUGCUCAGUUUACGAACCAGAUUCUCGAUGGGCUCAUUUAUUUGCAUGAGCAUGAAGUGAUUCACAGGGACAUCAAGGGUGCGAACGUGCUCGUGGAUCUCAACAAUAAAGAGUGUCCCAUCAUGAAGAUAGCUGACUUCGGAACAUCCAAACAAUUGUCCAAGAUCAGCAACCUUCUCAAUACCAACAUGAAAGGGACGCCCAACUUCUUGGCACCAGAGGUGAUAGCAUGUCCUCGUGGUUACACGUACACUGCAGAUGUCUGGUCUUUGGGUUGCACGGUCAUCGAAAUGAUCAGUGGAAAGAUUCCGUUCCAUGGGAUUGACCCUUUGUUCAUCAUUUUCCAAGUGGGCAGAGGAACCGUGACUCCUCCAGUGCCCGAAAAAGCAUCGAAAGAAGCUGCCGAAUUCAUUGAAAAGUGCUGUAAGACAAAUCCCGAAGACAGGAUCUCCCCGAAGGAACUGAAGAUGGAGUCGUGGAUUGCAAAGCACUGCAGGAGUCAGCCCCCCAGUGCAAGGGGAGGAGGGGGAGGAAGCGAUAGGAGCAGUGAGUCCAGUGCUGUGGGCAGUAGAGACCACAUUCCGAAGUCUGACAGUCGCCAGGGGCUAAAUAAAGAAGUCUUUGAUCGGAGCAAAUCAGUGCCAUACGCGGAUCCGAUGAAAGUGAACGUGGAAGACGACCUCGUAACUGAUCUGGUUUCCAAAACGUCAGCCAAGUUCAGAUCCGAUCCAGCUGUGGAAGACAUUAAAACAGUCUCGAUCUCAGAUAGGGACAAAAAACUAGCGAGGAUAUCGCUGAAAGAGUGCACCGGUAUUCCUUCGCCUGUAGGCGUUGGUGGCAGUGGGGAGCAAAAGACCAAAAAGUCAAGACAUAAAUCGGGAGAUAGUCAGACGGGACAGUCGUGCGAAGUAUCGACCCCUACGAAGUCAGGGAAGAGAAAAAGCAUUGUGGAUGGAAUUCGACAUGCCUUGACGUAUUUCAUCGAAACGAAGACCGAAAGGAUACUGGAUUUAUGGAUCCUGGACACGCAAAGAACUCACUGUCAAAAUAGACUGCAGAUUACCACAGAACUUCUAAAUAUGCUAUUGAUGACCUUUCGCGAUUAUUUGAGGGUAGACAUGAAAACUGAUGAAGUUUUGGACGGAGGACUUGAAACUGUGCUGGAAUGGAUUGGAACUGAUGAAAACUCUUUGCUACAAAUAGGCGAAAUAUUCAGCAGUCUGCAGUGCUUCAUCAGUACGAUUGUGAAGCUGUUGAAAGAGUGUGGCGAUAGCCCCAAUCAAAUACUGCAGACAGCCUCGGUGCUGGAACCGAUGGUGGAGCAUGCACACUUCCUGCUGGCCAGAAAGAGACCGGAAGCAGUGGAAGGUACGACUACAGGAGAAACUACUGAAGACAGCUCGGACGAGGAGGAAGGGUUGAACCAGAGAAAGGGAACUAGGGAAGACCUUGAUGACAUAACGGAAACUUCAGAUGCUGGCUUUGACCCCGAAGAUUUCGAUACUCUCUCUCUGAACGCGCACAGAACGAGCAUCCCAAGAACGAACAAUUUCGAAGUGAACGACAGUAGCCAUACCUUCCAACAGCGAAGUCAGACAGCACCCGGAGGUAACACUUUGAACAGACAGAGGAAUGUACAGAAUCCCUACUCCCUACCAACAAGAGCAGCAGAUCCGAGGAAUAUAAACUCGGAGCCAAAUUCGAUUGGAUCAUCGGGUAUCACUGGUUCACUCUCGGGAUUCUCAGCACAGUUUUUAUCAAUGGCCCAAGAGACGACAAGAUUAGAGAGGUAUCUCUCCGAAACUCAGCAAACGUUGAAUAACUUGUUGAGUAUUCAAGUUCACCUGAAUCAGGCUCGAAUCUCCGACGUCAUAAGGGACAUUCAGUCCAUGAGUGGCAGUAGGCAAGGUAACAGCACGCAAACGCAGCCUCAGAGAAACCAGAAUCAGAAUAGUUCGGAUCAGGGCGAUGGUUUAUUCACGCGGACAAACUUGAAUAAUUUAAUCAACCAAGCCACGGGCAGUUACUGGCAUGAUGGUUACAACUUUCCACAGCCCCAAACUGCAAGCGCAACUGGCGGAGGAUGGAACUCACUGAAUGCUGCCUAUAAUGAUCAGACAUCUUUCAGAAAUCAUUUGACCUUAGAGGACUUGGAAGUUGGUCAGAGACUGAUCAGGUCAAAUGCAUGUGAACUGAACAGUCCAGCUGCUACAAGUACCAUCAGUUCUGAAACAACUCUGAACAGUGACCAGCCAUCUACGAACUAACUUCUCUUCAUUGUGUGCCAAUGAACAAUUCUCGAAAAACUUAGUUUAUAAUAAUCUCACGUCUGUUUGUCAAACUUGAUUUUUAACUCAAUUAAAUUGCAAAAGUAGUUUGCAUCAAUAAUGAUUUUUUUGGAUGCAUGUUGGUGCUAGUUAGAACUUUCCAAAUUUACUUAAUGCUGAAGAACUAAAUUAAAUGCUUCACUUUUUCAU